GCCCCGCCUCGCGCCCCGUGAAAGGAGGGCCGCCGCGGCGGCGGGAGCUCACGGGCCUGCGCAGUCGACGGGCCGACCCCCGGCGCGGCCCUCGCUGGCCGCGCUGUGGGGACCCGCCGCGCACGCGCGCACGCCCGCCGCGCCCCGCCCCCGCGCGCCGCCGCGUCCUUCGACCCCGGGCCGCCUGCUGCGGGCAGCUGAGGGCGGCAUGCGGGACUACGACGAGGUGACCGCUUUCCUGGGUAAGUGGGGGCCCUUCCAGCGCCUCAUCUUCUUCCUGCUUAGCGCUAGCAUCAUCCCCAAUGGCUUCAACGGGAUGUCAGUCGUGUUCCUGGCGGCGACCCCGGAGCACCGCUGCCGGGUGCCGGACACCGCGAACCUGAGCAGCGCGUGGCGCAACCACACUAUCCCGCUGCGGCUGCAGGACGGCCGCGAGGUGACUCACAGCUGCCGCCGCUACCGGCUCGUGGCGGUCGCCAACUUCUCAGCGCUCGGGCUGGAGCCGGGACGCGACGUGGACCUGGAGCAGCUGGAGCAGGAGAGCUGCCUGGAUGGCUGGGAGUUCAGCCAGGAUGUCUACCAGACCACCAUCGUGACCGAGUGGAACCUGGUGUGUGAGGACGACUGGAAGGCUCCGCUCAUAGUCUCCUUGUUUUUCUGGGGUGUGCUGAUGGGCUCCUUCAUUUCGGGACAGCUGUCAGACAGGUUUGGUCGGAAGAAUGUGCUGUUUGUGACGAUGGCCAUGCAGACAGGCUUCAGCUUCCUGCAGAUCUUCUCAAAGAACUUCGAGAUGUUUGCCGUGCUAUUUGUCCUUGUAGGCAUGGGCCAGAUCUCCAACUAUGUGGCAGCAUUUGUCCUGGGAACAGAAAUUCUUGGCAAGUCAGUUCGUAUUAUCUUCUCCACGCUAGGCGUGUGCAUAUUUUAUGCAUUUGGCUACAUGCUGCUGCCAUUGUUUGCCUACUUCAUCCGAGACUGGCGAAUGCUGCUCUUGGCGCUGACGAUGCCCGGGGUGCUGUGCGCAGGGCUGUGGUGGUUCAUCCCUGAGUCCCCCCGGUGGCUCAUUUCUCAGGGACGAUUUAAAGAGGCAGAGGUGAUCAUCCGCAAGGCUGCCAGAAUCAAUGCCAUCGUCUUGCCCUCUACCAUCUUUGACCCAAGUGAGCUACAAGACCUCAGCGCCCAGAAGCAGCAGUCCCACAGCAUUCUGGAUCUCCUCCAGACCCGGAACAUCCGAAUGGUCACCAUCAUGUCCAUAAUCCUGUGGAUGACCAUAUCAGUGGGCUACUUUGGGCUUUCCCUUGACACCCCUAACUUGCACGGGGAUGUGUAUGUGAACUGCUUCCUUUCGGCCGUCGUGGAAGUGCCAGCAUACGUGCUGGCUUGGCUGCUGCUGCAGCACCUGCCCCGGCGCUACUCCAUGGCCACCGCCCUCUUCCUGGGCGGCAGCGUUCUGCUCUUCCUGCAGCUGGUACCCCAAGAUUUGUAUUAUUUGGCCACAGCCCUGGUGAUGGUGGGCAAAUUUGGAGUCACUGCUGCCUUCUCCAUGGUCUAUGUGUACACGGCUGAGCUGUAUCCCACGGUGGUUAGAAACAUGGGCGUGGGGGUCAGCUCCACAGCAUCCCGCCUGGGUAGCAUUCUAUCUCCCUACUUCGUUUACCUUGGUGCCUAUGACCGAUUCCUGCCCUACAUUCUUAUGGGAAGUCUGACCAUCCUGACAGCCAUCCUCACCUUGUUCCUCCCAGAGAGCUUUGGCACCCCACUCCCAGAAACCAUUGACCAGAUGCUAAAGGUUAAAGGAAUAAAAUACAGGCAAACUCCAAGCCACCCAAGGAUAUUAAAAGAUGGUGAAGAGAGCCCCAUAGCCCUGAAAAGCACAGCCCUCUAAUACAACCUCCAGUGAGGGAGGAGGUGGAAAGGAAGUUCUGUGUCUUAUCAGAGCAGCUUGUUCAGACAGAGAGUCCUUCAGUGGCAAAGGGCUUUGCUGUGCAUUCUCUUGGCCCAGUGUCUGGCUUGUUAAUGGAUCGACACCAGACUCUAAGGCUGCAUGUGGUCCUGGCACGCCACCUGCCCUCCAGGAACUCUGUGGCUACUGGUGGACACCUUUAGAUAACUCCUAACUAGUAGGAGGAUGGACUUGGCACUUCCUGAGAAGUUAACUGUUCACUAGAACCACUGGGAUUUGGAAGAAUAUGAGAAGCAUCUGCUGAACUUAUAUUUUAAUUUCAGACCCUUAAAAGGCCCCUGAGCAAAUUGAAGGUCUGCUCCCCACCCCACCUCAAAUUUUGUCCCAGUUCCUUCUAAUGGUGUACUUUACAGGAAAAGAAAUAAUUUCCCUGGGAGCUUGACUUCCCACACUUUCUCAGUUACAGAGGUCUAUAACUGGGAUUACUGCCUUUCUGGGGCAGGAGAGCACAGGUCUGGGGAAACCUAAAGGUAAUGAAUGUCAAGGGGACUGAGCAGAUACAGGAAACGGGCAACGGCAUUGAUCUGUGACUCCUGGACCCCUCAGUACGGCUACUGGGUAGCUACUGGGUUUACAUCCGAUCAAAGCACUGGGCUUGUCCAGGCCCAUUAGAGAUGCAUCAUUGAAUCUACUAGGCUGGUUUUCCACUGCUGUGUAAAUCCAGCCUCCUCGCUACUGUGGCAUCUGAUACACAGUUGGAAGGAAGUGUAUCAGUGAGAGAGACAGGCACACUUGUCUCUUCUCUCAAAACUAUAAUGUGGAUUUUACUGUGUGUGUUUGUUUGUUAUAUCUUUUUUUCCUUAAGUUAUUUGCCCUUCAGAAUAGACUUAGAAAAGGCUGAUCCCUUAGCUUCCUGGUUUCUCUCUCUUUUUUUUUUUCCCCAAUCAAGAAUUACUGGCAAUGCUCUGUGGUUACCACUCAUGCAAGGCCUCACCAGCCUUAGCCACUAGCACAUCCUUGAGCGCCAGAAAUUAUGUCAUUGUGUGUGUUCAUUUUGUGACAUCUAAUCAUGGAGGAAAAUGGUGAAGGAAGUCAAAUCAUGUUCACAGUCUUUCAGAGUUGCUCACUCCGGUUGUGUAACGUUGGGAAGUAUUCUGUGUUCAGGGUAACUGUCUUCUCUCUUCUGAUUAUGGUACCAUGGUACUGCGAAAGCAUAUGCUUCACCCAGUCAACAAACCAUAUUUGUGUGAAAGCUACUGAAGUGCCUUGGAAAGUGAAGAUGUUUUAAUAAAUAAAACGAUUUUUUAAAUAAUA